UUCCUUGAAAGACCUUCUGCCUUGGAUUGUGAAGGCUCAGGGUUUGCUUUCAGGAUCUUCCUUAGAGUGGCAGGUCCCUGAGCUGAGGUGCAGGGUUGUUUGUACAAGAAGCCCAUUUGGCCAAGAAAGCUUCUAUUUUCUUGUUAAUCAGAACUUGUACUUUUGUUAAUAAAAUGUAAUAGUAUUUAAGACUGUCCUUAGUGUUCAUCCUCCUGUGAACAAUCAGGCCAGCAUUCUUUUUUCCGGUGGCUGUUUGUCUGUUACGGGGAGUUCAGUUUGGUUCCAGCUCCUCCGUGAGUUUGUCUACCGACAGGACUGUAUAAAUCAAUCCAAACAUCUCUUGACCCAGAUGUUUCUAAUAUUUCCUAAACCGCUCAGAUAAGUAAGGUACCCCUGUUUUCCUGGUCCAUAACUAAAACCGUCAGCUCCAGACUUUGAGUUAUGAUGCAUGGAGCACUUGAAAGUGACCCGCCGACCCAGGCCACAGCCUGACAUGAGGGGAGUGUGCCAGCCUCCUUGCUGCUCGUGGCCCACGGCUUCUGGAGACAUGACUUAUUCAAGAGUGCAAAGCCAGCCACCUGUUUCAGAGAGGUCCAGGCCCUUGCUGAAUAGUAACAGUCUCGUCUGGGGAACACACAGCGUUUGCUGAGCCUGGUGUGUCAGACCGGACUAACCGGAGGGUUUUGUGGGUUUGCGCACGCUUGUGUUUUGCACUCAGUUACCCUGGGGGCACUUGUCACGACCGUGCAUAUUAAAAUUAAUCAGACCUCCUAGGCCUGUGUGGCUGUGUGUUUAACAUGAAGAAGUGGAUAUCAAGCAAAUGCCCUCAUUAAAUAGGCUGCUUGGUUUUGUUCUAGUGGAUGCUUGGUCUUUUUUUUUAAUAAGAGUUGCUUACGGGGAAGGCACGGACAGCGCUAGCGUUGGUGGAGAGCUCACUCAGAGUUUCCUUUGCCACCUGCUCCCAGAGUCCUGAGACCUCAAGGACUCCCAGUGUGCCCUCCUCAACUACCCUUCACGUGGAGAAGAAAUAUGGCCAGGAUCGUGAGGGAGCAGGGAGGCUAGGGCAGAACAGGAUGAGCAUAUGACCUGGACAUCUGGGUUGAUUAAGAUCGUCCCUCUUAUAUGUUGAUUCCAGAUUGUGCUCUGUGCUCCCAUUUUUGAAAGAUGAACUUUGACACUGAGGAGAAGAUCUUGUGUGAAAUUCAGAACAAACGAUCUUUCUUAUAUGUCCUGAAUUUGAAAGCCAACUUUUAUUCAUAUAUCUUUUCAAUCAAUACUUCUUAGGUCAUCUGCAUAUCAUAUAGAAACCAUUUAUGAGGCAAUAGGUGAAAAAAAUAUAUAUAUAUAGUGUGUGUGUCCACUUCUGCCCUGAUAGCUUUUGGGCCUUAGCCUGUUUUUCAUUUUUCAUUUCAUUUCAGUGAGACUUUUCUCAUCGCUUUAGGGAAGACUGUCACGGGACAUUUGGAGACAAGCUUUAAUAAAGAGUAAGCUCAAAACACUGAAAAUGUCUCAGGCUGACAAAACAUAGUAGAUUUCUUGUUAGAGUAUUUGAUGUCAUAAAUGAGGUAAACUUUUAACACCCUGAUCACUGAGCCGAUGGAUUUUAGUUCCAGUUCAUGUGUACUAUUUGGCCUUUUAUUUUUUCAUAUUUCAGAAGACAGAAACAGAAAGUUUUAUUCAGAAUACUUCAAAUUUGAUCUGAAUUUAUAUAUUUGGAAUAAAGCAUGGAGCCAACAUUUGGAUAGCAAUUGGAAAAAUAAUGAAAAUCUCUUAAAUGUUAAAGAGUUUGGAGUUACAGAUUAGCAGAUUUCCAAAUAACCACAGCAAGUUAUCUGGUAAAAGAUUACUCUGGCAGGACAUGGUCCAUAAAAUUGAUUUGUUCCUUCCCAAAUAGAAAGGGUUGGACAAUUCCAAAAAAACUAACCAUUGCAUUCCAGCCUUCCUUCCUUUCCUUCCAUUGUAUCUAAGAGGUGAAAAAUCCAUUAACCUAUAAGCUCCCUUCUCUCUGUGGGCGUGUAACUUCCACGUCGAGCACUAUAUCAGCAGUGCCAAGCAACUGUCUGGUACCUGACAGCAUCAUAGAAACCCCUCCUCUGUUCACUCAGGUUGCUGCUGGUUAUUUAUUAACAAUGCAGACUGUUCAGUGUGGGUGUAUAUGAAACAGAAAGGAAAAUAAAGGCCCUGAACAAGUAAAUACAUCUUUCAUCAUUUCUUUUGUUUGGUGUGUUUACUGUGUGCUAUUCUUGGUCGAUAGAAGUUGUUUGACAGUUCUGCAAAAGGAAACCCCCAGUAUUGAAAAGCUACUCUCAAAGGACUGGAAAGACAAGCUUCUUGCAAUGGGAUCAGGGAAUUUCGGUGAAAUAAAAGGGACUCCCGAAAGCCUCGCUGAGAAGGAGAGGCAGCUCAUGGGUAUGAUCAAUCAGCUCACCAGUCUGCGAGAGCAGCUGUUGGCUGCCCACGAUGAGCAGAAGAAACUGGCUGCAUCUCAGAUUGAGAAACAGCGUCAGCAAAUGGAGCUGGCCAAGCAGCAGCAAGAGCAGAUUGCAAGACAGCAGCAGCAGCUUCUGCAGCAACAACACAAAAUCAAUUUGCUCCAACAGCAGAUCCAGCAGGUUCAAGGUCAACUGCCGCCAUUAAUGAUUCCCGUAUUCCCUCCUGAUCAACGGACACUGGCCGCAGCCGCCCAGCAAGGAUUCCUCCUUCCUCCAGGCUUCAGCUAUAAGGCUGGAUGUAGUGACCCUUACCCUGUUCAGCUGAUCCCAACGACCAUGGCAGCUGCUGCCGCCGCAACGCCGGGCUUAGGUCCGCUCCAGCUGCAGCAGUUGUAUGCUGCCCAGCUAGCUGCCAUGCAGGUGUCUCCAGGAGGGAAGCUCGCAGGCAUACCCCAAGGCAACCUUGGUGCUGCUGUGUCUCCUACCAGCAUUCACACAGACAAGAGCACAAACAGCCCACCACCCAAAAGCAAGGAUGAAGUGGCACAGCCACUGAACCUAUCAGCUAAACCCAAGACCUCUGAUGGCAAAUCACCCACAUCACCCACCUCUCCCCAUAUGCCAGCUCUGAGAAUAAACAGUGGGGCAGCCCCCCUCAAAGCCUCUGUCCCAGCAGCAUUAGCUAGUCCUUCAGCCAGAGUUAGCACAAUAGGUUACUUAAAUGACCAUGAUGCUGUCACCAAGGCAAUCCAGGAGGCUCGGCAGAUGAAGGAGCAGCUGCGGCGGGAGCAGCAGGUGCUGGAUGGGAAGGUGGCGGUUGUGAACAGUCUAGGUCUUAACAACUGCCGGACGGAAAAGGAAAAAACAACACUGGAGAGUCUGACUCAGCAACUGGCAGUUAAACAGAACGAAGAAGGAAAAUUUAGCCAUGCCAUGAUGGAUUUCAAUAUGAGUGGAGAUUCUGAUGGAAGUGCUGGAGUCUCAGAAUCAAGAAUUUACAGAGAAUCCAGGGGGCGUGGUAGCAACGAACCCCACAUAAAGCGUCCAAUGAAUGCCUUCAUGGUGUGGGCUAAAGAUGAACGAAGGAAAAUCCUUCAAGCCUUUCCUGACAUGCACAACUCCAACAUCAGCAAGAUACUGGGAUCUCGCUGGAAAGCUAUGACAAACCUAGAGAAACAGCCAUAUUAUGAGGAGCAAGCCCGUCUCAGCAAGCAGCACCUGGAGAAGUACCCGGACUACAAGUACAAGCCGCGGCCCAAGCGCACGUGCCUCGUGGACGGCAAGAAGCUGCGCAUCGGCGAGUACAAGGCCAUCAUGCGGAACCGGCGGCAGGAGAUGCGGCAGUACUUCAAUGUUGGGCAACAAGCACAGAUCCCCAUCGCCACCGCUGGAGUUGUGUACCCUGGAGCCAUCGCCAUGGCCGGGAUGCCCUCCCCUCACCUGCCCUCUGAGCACUCAAGCGUGUCGAGCAGCCCGGAGCCUGGGAUGCCUGUCAUCCAGAGCACUUACGGUGUGAAAGGAGAGGAGCCACAUAUCAAAGAAGAGAUACAGGCUGAGGACAUCAACGGAGAGAUUUAUGAUGAGUACGAUGAGGAAGAGGAUGAUCCCGAUGUAGAUUAUGGGAGUGACAGUGAAAACCAUAUUGCAGGACAAGCCAACUGAUAAGGGUCGAAAGAUGGUUGUGACCUUAGGACUUAAAGAAGCCCUAGCUGGUUCAUCCUUACCAGUGGCCAAGCACAUUAACUUUCUCAUACACUGACUGUUACUUUAACUGUUAGUCUUAAAUAGUUGGGACAUCAGCUGACUAAUAGACCUUAGCCUCAAAAGGCUUGGAAAGGAAAUAAAAAUACAACAAGCAAACAACAAUAUCAACAACAAGAGAUUGAAAUAAGCUAUGGGUAAAAUAAUGCCAGUAAUUCAGCUGCUACAUCCAAGCACUGAAGUCUUACCCGUCAACUUUUUUUUUUAAUAAACUUUAUGGCUGUUUGUUCUACAAUGUUCUAGAAAUUCUCACUCAGGUACACAGUGCCAACAAGUGGCUUGUGAAUGUGUUUUGUUGUUUUGUGCUACAAUUUUUAAAAAGAAAUAAGUUUUGUUUUGUUUUGGGGGGGGGUUCUGGGUUUUUUCCUUUCCUUCCUUUCCUUUUUUUUUUUU